CAGUCAGUGCUGCCUCCUCCUCCUCCUCCUCCUCCACUCCUCCUCUCCUCCUCUCCAGCUGCUGCUACAGUGCAGCCGUCCAGCAAGUGGAGCUCUCCUCAGGCUGCAGUAGUCUGGAGUCCAGAAACACAGCACAGCCACCAACAGGAGCAGGGAAGGGGAGACACUAGCGCACAGAGCCAAGCCAGCAACACACACACACACAUACACACACACACAGAGGCAGACACUCCUCUCUCGCACCACACCGUUCCGCGCGGCGCCUUCACUGUUCGCUUGUUCACUCACUCUCUCACUCACCCCUCCGCCAGUCUUCUCCCUCGUUCCACUCUUUUCUGCCUGAGAAUGGUCCAGCCGGUGCCUGGGGCUCUGCUGUCGUGGCCUGUCUGAACACACACAAACACACACACACUCAACAGACACCCGGAUGCGCGCGCACAAACCGCACAGCAAUGUGAGAGAAGUGCCUUCCCUGACAUCUGCUGCAGCUUCGAUCCGCUUCUAGAGCAGAAGCUCCACCCCCCCCGCCUCGCUUGCUGCCACAGUAACGCGAGCACAAGGAUACCAACCACAGCCCUCGUCACGGCCAAAGCCUAAAAAACCCGCGCCCAGACCUGCACCUUCCUACGCCCUCACUGCACCAGCUCCAGCCUCCAGCCCCAUCAUCACCAGGCUUACUGCCCUAAGCCUUCACCUGCCCUCCCGUACCACGCUACCCCACAAAGCCUCUCUCCUUCUGGGCCCAGCCUCUCACUCUCAGACUCCUCAGUGUCUCUAAUCUCCAUUUAUCUCCAUUCAGUCACAGCCUACAGUACUGUUGUAGUCAGAAGAGAAGGAUCUGAAGACUGAACUUUCCCUCUGGGUUACGUGCUGGAUUGUUGGUGAGAUACAAGUUGAGACAGACAGUGGUAGAGUCAUUCUCUGCUAAGAUCAUUGGCUGUUGAGUGUGUUCUCAAUGCUUUAAGGAAGAGAAUGUCCCAAUAACACACACACACAACAUUGUUAAAACACUUUUCACCUAUCGCCUUGAUACAUCCACUUGGAUCUUUCAGAAGAAUAAGGAGUAGGGGACUUAUCCGUGUCCAAGCAAAGGACACACACACCAACACACACAUCACGCUUUAGCCCGAUUCGGACGGAUUACUAUUAUUUUCCAGGACUGUCUUUGUCGCCAUGGCGCACAUGAACAUGGCGCACAUGCGGGACACAAAAUGGCUGACGCUUGAGGUGUGCCGGGAGUUCCAGAGAGGCACGUGCUCGCGCUCCGACCAGGAGUGUAAGUUCGCCCACCCGGCCAAGAGCUGCCAGGUAGAGAAUGGACGAGUCAUCGCCUGCUUCGACUCCCUCAAGGGCCGUUGUUCCAGGGAGAACUGUAAGUACCUGCACCCUCCUGGCCACCUAAAGACCCAGCUGGAGAUCAACGGCAGGAACAACCUCAUCCAACAGAAGAACAUGGCCAUGCUGGCCCAACAGAUGCAGCUCGCAAACGCCAUGAUGCCCGGCACACAGCUACAGCCUAUGGUUAGUCUCUAUGACCUGGUCCAAGACAGCAACAGGUUCAGUUUACAUCAACCUAUGUUCUCUAUGGCACCAGGCCUGGCCACCAAUGCCAGCGCGGCGGCAGCAGCCUUCAACCCGUACCUGGGCCCGGUAUCGCCUGGCCUGAUGCAGGCAGAGAUCAUGCCCAGCCCACAGGUCCUCAUGGCGGGCCACCCCAACCACGGCCAGGUCCCCAAUGCUGCAGCCGCAGCUGCACAGAAACUAAUGAGGACAGACAGACUGGAGGUGUGUCGUGAGUACCAGCGGGGCAACUGCUCCCGGGGGGAGAAUGACUGCCGCUUCUCCCACCCCUCCGACAGCACCAUGAUUGACACCAACGACAACACGGUCACCGUGUGUAUGGACUACAUCAAGGGCCGCUGCUCCAGGGAGAAGUGCAAGUACUUCCACCCUCCAGCCCACCUGCAGGCCAAGAUCAAGGCUGCACAGCAUCAGGUGAACCAGGCCACUGCCGCCGCAGCCAUGACUCAGUCGGCUGUCAAAUCACUGAAGCGACCCCUCGACGCAACCUUUGACCUGGGGAUCCCCCAUAGUGUCAUGCCACCCAUGCCCAAGCGGGCAGCCCUGGAGAAGCCUAAUGGGGCUUCUGCCAUGUUCAACACGGGCAUGCUCCAGUACCAACACGCCCUGGCCAACAUGCAGUUUCAGCAGCAGGCUGCCUUCCUCCCCUCAGGCUCAAUAUUCUGCAUGACCCCCACCGCCGUACCUAUGAUGCACGGUGGUGCGCAAGCGUCUGCAGCCACCACAUCUGCCACAAGCGUUCCCUUCGCAACCGCCUCAGCCAAUCAGGACUCUUCCUUAUCAAAGUUGACUACCAACGAAUACAUGCAAUUGAUUCCAAUAAUUUCUGCCGAUCAUCUGAGUAGUCACAAGUAUCUGACUCAAAUGUAGUUCGAGUCAAGAACAAUCAAAUGACUGUGUGCUGGCACUGUACAAGCCUAAAGAGUUCAGCCUUUAUGUAUAUAAUGUUCAGAAUGUCAAGCAAUGGACAGGAGGAGCAUCGGUCAUCAUCUCUCAGUCUCUCCGUAAUGCUGUUCUUGUCACACAUGCCAACAUCGGUGUGCCCAGUCGAUGCCAUGACACACACAUACACACACACACCUCCUUGUCCUCCAAGUCAACACCCAGCUGAGAAGAUGAGUGUCUGUCUAUCCGUGCUGACAGACAGACACUGAGUACAUUCACAAUACACCUGUGUGUUCAAACACAAAAACCAUGGCACUCAAAUUCAAAUAUUUUAUUUUGCACACACGAGGCUGAGAGCGAGGUGUUGUGGCGUCUAACGUACAGAAUACCGCGUUGGUACGUCGGUAGACCAAAACAUAAUUUUUUAUUUGCUUUGUUUUGGUUUUAAAAUAAUAGAUUUGUUUUCAUGGUUACAAAAAAAUUGCAAACGUGCACCUUGAAUUUGAAUUGAAAUCAGAAAGGCACAACACAUAUUUAGCAUGUACAGUAUUCUGUUUUUAAUAAGGUUUCUAGUGAAGCUAGAUUAUAAAAUGAGGGUCAGGGACAUAUGAAUGUUCUGGGUAAGAAACACACCUGUGUACCUUUGAAAGCACAGCCAUGCUAGCUUUAACCACCUAAUGUGUGCCAUAGAGGCCAUCCCAAACCAGAGUGUUAUUUCAGCAGUGUUAUUCUGUUUACCUAAGAUAUGUGUUUUUAUGGCUCGAGUUUUGUUUUUUACAUAAUUUCUCCAUUGUGUAUUUUCUUUAUAUAUAUAUUGUGCCAUUACAUUUUUGGUUGAUAUUAGGAAUGGGUUCCUCUCCAGCCUUUGAUCUCUGUUGCAAUUAUUAUUAUUUUUAAUAGAGGUGCCUUCUCUCUUUUUAUCAAUGUGGUUUUGUUUUGCCUUUCUGUUUUUGCUUUAUUGUUGUAUUUAUCAGAUGGGGUGAUGUAUGACUUGGAGCUCAUAGUGACUGGGGGAGUUGUAAGUCAGUAGACUCUAACGCCUGUUGAAGUGAUGUGGGGCGUACUAGCUCUCCAUGAGGUCUCAUUUCCUUGUCCCCAACCUUAAAGGAAAUUUUGGUAUUAUACCAAAAUAUAGUUUUUGAGUGGAUAUUUUCGUUAAAGGUGGAGGGACUCUGAAAGUGUGUCUACAAACCACGUGUUGUUAAAAAAGGAAAGUCAGAUUAGGUCAUAAGAAGAUAUGCACUUGGUUGAGUGUUUUUGUGCUCCCCCAACCCUAUUACCCCUCAAUAGGCAAAUAUCACUUCAAUUGAGGUAAUACAACAAAUCACUAAUUUGAUGUGAAUUUAUCAAAUAGAAGGAAAAAGGCUCUCACUUUUCUAUCCGAUUUUAUCUGAUUCAGGAUACCAAAGCACAGUUCUGCUCAUGCACGAAGAGUUAUUGAAGUAUAUGGCCAAAUUCAGGAAGGUUUAACACAGAAUUGGGGGAGCAGAGAUUUCAUUUCAAAACCCUUGUUUUCACAUCAUUAUGUUCUGUGAUUCUGUUUUGUUGUUUUUCUGUUUUGACUGAGGUGUAAUAUCUCUUUACUGAUUGUAAUGUACUUCUAUUGAAGCCUUAGAUUACAGGACUGGGUUGCAUCCCAAUCAAAUGUACUUUCAAUCACAAUACAGGCAAUGAACACCAAUUAUAUAUUAUAGUCCAUACACAUACAUACACCUUUAUAAAGUUUUUGGUUUAGUUUUUUUCUCAAGUAACAAUUUACUCUCUUAAAUUUAAUUGAACUCAUGUGUUAUGUAUUACUUAAGGAUUUUAAUCUAUUUGAAUAUUUAGUUUGUAGAUUUCUGCCUUAUUAUAUUCUACUUGACAACAUUGUUAUAUUGCCGUUGUAAAUUUAGAGAUUUGGAUUUUCAAACCAUACUAAUGAUUAAUAAUAAUGUGUGGAGUCAGAAUAAGUAUUCACAUCAUUCAUGUAGCUAGAUGUCUCUUUUUAGUUGAAGAGGUUCAUCAUUAAAAAAAAAAGUUGAUCAAAGACCUUUUGAUAUUGAUACAAGGAACGCCAUCAGUUGGUGUGUUGCCGAGGCAUCAACUCUGGCUGAAAACUAAUGUUUUAACUAGCUACAUUUUUUCCUUGUAACAAGUCGAGAUCUUGUUUGAAAAUAUAUUGUGUCGAAAUGUAGAUUGUCCAUGUUUAGAGAAGGGGAAAAAAAGUAAUUUUCUACUGUAUCCAUUCAAAAAUAUAUAUAUUGUUUUAAUAAUUCUUAAGAUUGCCCUGAAUGUCAGGGCAAAAUGAGCAGUGAGAUUGAUGGGUCUCUGGAGUUGGGUGAAUAGUGAGAGUAGCGGUGAGGUAGAGGACUUUGCUGAAUUGGGAAGGUCGGUAAUGCUGCAGAUGAACGAACUCUAAGGGACGAAGGUUGACUUUUUGCACUUCUGUACAUAGUCAAUGAACAGAGAAAAAAAACAUGUAUCAUAUUGAGAUAUUAUUUUGAAUAAAAAAUUCUAUAAUGAUAAGUAAUUUUUUUAGGUUAAUUUAAAAAAAUCGAAACGGAAAGACCAGCUAAACAAAUUUGCUUGCAAAAAGAAGAAAAUGGUGCCAGUUUCUAUGCCAAUGCAUUCAGAAAAAGCUAUGUGUUUUUUAGCUUAUUUUGUCAGUGGCUAGUAGUUUGCCAGGAAAUCCUCAAGGUGCGUAACCCCCACGUUCACUCCCACUCACUCCCCUUGUAGUAUAUGACAUAAAACAAAUAUAAUAUAUUGUCCACAUUUCAAAUCUUGGACCAGGCCAUUCAUGCCUGGGCCUACGGUACAAUAACUACAAAAAUAUAUAUUAGAAACCAUUUCAUAUUUUAGUUUGAUAUGACUGCAUGUAAAAAGAACACAAAUGUAAACAAUCUAUAAGUAGAUAAGGAAAGUUAAUAUUUUCAAUUUACAAAAAUAACCUCUACAUUUGGGGAGAAGGGGAAAAUAAGACUUUAGACAAGUAAUCGAACACUUGCACUUGUGAUAUACAUUUUUUACCAAGAAACUCCAUGAGAUCUCAAGAAUAAAAUGUAACGUUAACACAAAACCACCCCAGAAAUAUUCUCUAAUCACCGUAAGAUCACUCAAGUCAACAUGGACUCACAGGACACAGCUAAUGCUACCAGAUAACUGUGCACUCAGCAGGUGAAGCUCCCCACCAUACCAAAUGUAUAGGUAAAUACUAUUUCAAAUGAAUGUAACCGUCUUCAGUCAAGGUCAUCCUGUUUCUGACUCGAGGUCGCUGUAUAAGUGCUAUGGAACCAAAGCAUCACUUUCUCUAAACCAACCAGAGCUGCGUGGGCAGAUUUCACUGUCUCUCAGCUUAAACCAAGGUCUUUCUUCCCUGCUGGGGGCACACAUGCUUGACUGCUUAUUAUGUGUGAACACUUAAAUGUUUUGCUUAUAGUUGCUACAGAAUAAUGUACUACUCUGUCUUCAGAUUUGUUUUAUGCUGAUUUUAUUGUUGCCAUAAUUGACUCUUGCUGUUAUGAAUUAUAUAUAAAAAAAUUGAAUAAAAAAAUACUGAUUUGCUCAUGCAACUCA